AAGCUAGCGAAUAGUUAGCUACACUACGCGGUAACAAAGCGAUUCGAUUUCAUUCCCAUCUAAUCCGCGUAGUGAGUGAGUAGGCCGCGUGGUUCAUAUAUGUUGACGGAGAGCGCGGCAUACCGUAUCGCUGUGCCCUUAGUCAGUACAGUGCUUGAGAUCGGAAAGAACAGCUCUAGAGUAAAAUCUAAAUUUAGAGUGGUUAGUUGUAGUUGUUUACGCGCCGCUGUGAGAGCACCACGUGUCUACCGGCUUACAUAUGCGAGAUCGCAAGAGCACCUUCACCAAGGAAUACAUAAAUAAUAUUUUCAACCCCUUGACCAGACCCACUAGACCGACUUCGAGGCCUGAUAACCACAACUCAUCACGUGUUGCCGAAGAGCAGCGCGAGACAAUUGAAGAACAAACGAAAAUGUUGAUGCCUAGUGCUGGAAUUACUGCCUCCACAGAGACCGAGAAUCUCGUGGGGGGACUCGGAAGUCUAGGGGUUUUGGGGGCUGCUGGUACGCUUAACGGAACCGGGGUGCAAAAUAAAGACACUACAUGGACUAAAUUAUUCGUCGGGGGUUUACCAUAUCACACUAGCGAUAAGUCACUUAGAGAUCACUUCGCUGUUUAUGGAGAAAUCGAAGAGGCAGUUGUUAUUACUGAUAGACAAACAGGAAAAAGUAGAGGUUACGGAUUUGUAAUAAUGGGUGAUAGGGCUUCGGCAGAAAGGGCAUGUAAAGAUCCAAAUCCUAUUAUAGAUGGAAGAAAAGCAAAUGUGAAUUUAGCAAUUUUAGGAGCCAAACCAAGAGGCAAUGUUCCAGCAGGAUUUCCAUUCCCGAGUGUGCGAGCGGGAGCGUACCCGACGUUGCUCCCUAGUCAGUACGGAGUGCCCCCUGGCUAUGUGUAUCAAUCACCGUAUUUGGCAGCUACAGCACCAGGCAGUUUAGUUCCUCUACAAGCUACACAAUUAACACACGCAGCUGCGGUCGCAGCUGCGGCUACAUCUCAAUUCUAUGAAUACCACAAUGCAGCCGCUGUUGCUGCGGCAGCAGCAGCGCCUUACACUGGACAAUACGCUAAUGGAUUUGAUGCAUAUACACCUUAUACAGGAGCUACUGGUGCUGCCGGUUAUAUGCCAUAUACAUACGCGGCUUUACCCCAGACACCAGGGCUACCGACUGCUACAGCUGGAGCUUUCCCAGGAAUCCCUUACCAAACGGCGGCUCAAGCUCAAAGCUUACAAGAAGCUAGGUUACAGUAAUGAAAUCCUUAAUUUCAACUAUUACACAUUCACUGUAACCCUUUUAGUGACUUAUAUGAGUGAGAGUAAAAUGUACUUAAUCUAUCACAAAUUAUAUCAUUAUUGAUAUUCAAAAUUAUUUUAGAAAAAUUUGUUCUAUUUUUUGAUACGGACAACAGUGAAAAAGCUGUUUGCCAAUUCUCAUUUCUUAUUGAAGAAAAAUAUUUUUAUUUUUUGAUAUUUACAUGGAUCUGUCGAAAGACUGCACCAGAAGACUCAUAAAUUAGAGGUUACGCGGUGCAAUUUCUAAAUAAAUUAAUUUAUUCUUAGUAGAGUAAUUCCAGAUUUAGUUACCACUGGUGCAGUAGAAUUACAUUAAUAAUUAGACGUUAAAACAUGUCAUUGUGCAGGUCAGAUACAACUUUUUAAUGUAAUUUCACUGGGCUAAUUUAAUAAAAAUAAAUAAAUGCUCAAUAAAAAUUAACAGACUUCAAAAUUGCUUCUACUUUUGCAGAGUAGUUUAUGUUGAUACUGCAAAAGAAGUGCAAUAACUUUGAAUAUUAAAAUUUACUUAGAAUUAUUUCUUUUAGUUGUGAAGGUACCAAGCGAUCAAUUCACAACUAUUCAAUAAAAUUUACCACUAAAAAUACAAUUUAUACAACUCAUACUACAACUUUCUGAACAAUGAAGCUGCUGUUCUUAAUAUGUCAUUUGCACUAGAUUUAGCUUUAUUAUAUAAUCAACAAGGUUUCUAAAAUAUCAAAUCUAUCACAAAUUUCACAUUUAAAUUAUUAUAAAACACAUGAAUAUCAACAGACCCGUUCUUAGAUAUUUUAUUUUCUGAUUUUAUUUUCUUUUAAAUAUUGUGCAGCUUCCCCUAGUCCGUUUCAUCUCCUUAUGCAGUUAAAAAGAUUCUGACUCAAUUUUUUUUUAAUUGUAGUGUCGGUGUGUAGAUUUAUUGUUAUAUUAUUUGUAUAUUGACUCGCAAGGUACUUAGAUCUAGUCUUAUUAUUAUUAGUUAUUAAGAAAAAUAAAUUUACGUUGGAUAUGUGAAAUAUCUCAUUGAAUUGACAUAAGCUUCAUCUGGAAAGAUGGACAAGUCGAAUUGCUUCAUUUUGAAGACAAUCUCUCAAAAUAUGCAAUGUUUUUAAGUAGUAAAUGUAAAAGAUUACAAAAAUUGUAUAGAGCACAAAAAAUAAGUGUAGUUUAGAUUUUAGUUCUAUCCAAAGAAAAAAAUGUAACGAAACGUCUCUGUUUUUGACCAAGAUGUUGACGAUUAACUUUUUGAACAUCGUUGAUACAUGUUUCUGUAGUAUUUGUAGAUCAAAUGUUAUUAGAAUACUUCAGCUAGGUACUAUAUACCAAAAAUUAUUUAAUCGAGUCUUGUAUAAACAGAUUAGAUUCUUCUUAGUGUACAUUAUGAAAAUUUGACGUAUUCCAAAUACUGCUAGAUAUGUUUUAUUAUUCCUAAAACGAAAUUUAACAAACAACCCUAUGCAAGACCUUAGUUUUUCUAUCUGAAGUUGAGGUUAAUAGAAGAAAUGUUUGAAGAGAAGAAGAAGACAUAAUCAAAAGAAAUGUUGACUGCUUAUCAAACUAGUACAACAACAAAAAAAUAUUUAAUAAAAACCAUUGGAUUAUGUCAAAUGUUUGGUCCGUACUUAAAUUAUGACUGACAAUCUUAUUAGAAAUAUUUAACUGUCGAAAAAAUUAUAUUUAUUCAAAAAAAUUAAUAUAAAAUAUUUAAGUAGUAAGAAAUUAAAAAAAAUUCAAAUUAUAUAUUAUAUGUAGUCAUUACUAAUAGAUUAGUAUUAAUUUAUUUAAUCUAUUACUAGAUUUUAAAGCAUAGUUAUAAGAACUUUAUAAAUUCGCAGGUAAGAAUUCAAUAAACACCCCCCACAUACUUGCACAAGAUUGUGAUAAUAAUAGUUGGAGUCGUACCAGACUCUCUAGUCACUAUUGCCUAAAAAUAUGCAAGUCCGUCCAUGUGCCUAGUGCCUCAUUUACAAUUGCUAAUUAUCUAGCUGAUACUAAAUUUUUAGUUUGAUCUAUAUUGAUACGCUUUACAUCGAUAUUUUUCUACUAAAAAUACUGUUUAUUACAAUUACUCACUUACUAUAUAUGGUUCAACAAAGUAGGUGUUAGUGUUGUUAUAGUAGUAGUAAACAAUAGUUUACACUUGUGGAAUUUCUGAUAUUCAUACUAAACACACUGGACCAACACACAAUCAGGUAUUUGCAUUUUUUUUUAAUAUUUAUUUUUUUGUUUAUUUUACAAGUUCUUCAUAUGAAAUAAUGUCAGAAAGUAAAAUAUUUAAUUAAAAGUGAAAAAAUUUCAAAUUUUCAACUACAUAAGAAAACGAUUCUCAUUAGUUUUCAGUUGUGACGUCGUAGGUUUAAUAAAAACAUUGAGCAGUUGUAUGCUCGAUGAUCACUAGGUUAUUGUUGCAGCAACGUAGAGAGAGCUGUUAUAAUAUAGUUUUUAUUUAAAAAUUACGUAUAAACAAAACAUUUUUCUCUCUCUCUCUCUCUCUCUCUCUCUAUAUAUAUAUAUAUAUAUAUAUAUAUAUAUAUAUACAUAUAUAUACAUAUAUAAGAAAAAACAGAAUAAACCUUUUAUAGGUCAAGUUCUUACAUUAUUACAUGAUCAUGUGAAAAAUUGAAAUCAUAAUAAACUUUAUAACUUUGAAAUAUUAAAAUAUACUUACAUAAAAAAUGAUCCUGGUAACAAAAAUCAUUACAUUUCGCAGGAUCGUCAAAACGACCAAAACUUUCAAACAAUUUUUGUUGUAGUAUAUUAGAAUUUCUUGGCAUCAUAAAAAAAACUUUCAGGUGUUUUAGUUGUGGUAUUUUUACAUCCUGGCACAAAACAAGAUUUAUAUACCAUUUUUCAGAUGAAUCAAAAUUAACAAUAAAGCUUAUUUUAAAAUAGCCGAGAGAAUAAUUGUCGUAUUUACUUUGUAUCAUAUGUUCAGUGUUUAUUUUAUACCUAUGACGUCAAUAAAUAUGGCGACCUUACUGAAAUGUUUAAACUACCUACAAAAUUUUUAAAUUUCAAUAAUUUUUUUCUCUAUAAAUAUUUAUCACAGAAUUAAAAAGAAAUUAUAAUAAAAGUUGUAUAUAAACUAUUUUUUUCUCAAACCAUGUUAGUAAUCUAUUAAAUGCUUUGGAUAGUAUAGAAACCUAUGGAAACAUGGAAGAAGUAGACAAUGUAAUUGUGACUUCAGUAGUAGUGGUGGUGGGUUUAGUAUGAAAACGAUAUGUUUGAAAACUUAUUGCUAGUCCAUAUUUCUAUAACUACAACAAUCAAUUACUUAGUUAAAUCAGGAUUUCAUCAACAAAAUUGAUAUGGUAACAGGAUGCAAAUCAAAUAUAUAUUUCUCAGUGAGAAACUGAACACUAUUUGAUAAAUGGUAGUACCAAAAA